CGAUGUAAGGGGGCUCGUUCGAGGCGUGUUGUUUGUUGGGGUUUUUUUGUUUCUACUGGAACAUGAUAUAUUUGGCACUCAUUACUUUACACUCUUCGACCCUUGAUGCUUUACCGUGAUAGAGUUCGCGUCCAUCUAUCAGCGAAUGUACAUCGCGAAUCGUACAACACCUAGCGAUGACACUUGAAAAUGAAAGUUCACCGAUACCUCCAGCUGAGUUACUAAACAUUGGCCCCCAAGUGCCUCAAAACCCUCACAGAAGCUUGACAGUUGGAGGUGGUGGGGAAGAAGGGUUAGGAGAGCGAGUGACAGAAAAAGGUUGGGUCUGUUUUCGGGCACUAAUGGCCUAACGGUAUUGACGCGGGCAGGUGGCAAUCCCGCGCACACAACACAAUCGUACGUUGCUCGUUGAUAAUGGAGGAUAACGGACGCGACACGAAAUUGUGGAACAUGGGAAGAAAGCGACAGAAAGACACAAAAACAAAACGGAAAGAAAGGCAAGAGGGAAAGAAAAGCAAAACAAUCCCCCGAAAAUACGAUACAUUCCAGAACAGGUUUGAUAUAAAAACGGGUGCGAGCUACAGUGGAUGCAUGAGAGAAUUGCUCAGGUCAGUAGGUGUUGCUGGCCAUCGAGAACAGUCACGGGAGCUCACUCUAAUCGGCAGAAUGGGACGCGUAACGAUCGUUUCCUCGUUGGUGAUAGUGGCGGCAGUGAUCGGUUCGAUCACCAGCUACCAGGUGAAACCGGCCAACUACGCCAAACUGAUUGAGCAGCAGAAGAAGUUUGACGAGGCAUUCGAGAAAGAGUUCUACGUGGAACAUACGAAGUAUGUUGAGUCGGGUGAGCGAUCCGAGCGGCUUGAGGAGAUGUUUGAGCACAUGCGCCAUCAGCCCGACAUGUUCCGGAUGGAGAUGGAUGACCAUCCUCUACCGUACCUGACUGUGGAGUGUACGGCCUGCCGUGCAUUGGUUACUACUUACCUCACCUAUCGCCGUGUGCUUGGCUGGGAUCGUGAUCGUAUUGCAGCGCAGGCGGCUUCCACGUGUGAAACACUUAACAUUCUUACGCCAGCGAAUUGCUUGAAGAUCGUGAACAAGAACAUCGAUAUCUUGCUGUACAUCAUCGAUAACCGUCCAUCACUAACCGCACAAACGAUGUGUGGUAUUAUCUUCCAGUCGGGUACCUGCGUGCUGGAGGAUCCGGCCUUUCUGAACUGGUCGAUUAACGUAGCGGGUGGAGGUCGUCCAAUUACCGCGUCUAAGAACACCCCGAAUCGUGCUGCCAGUGACAUCAAGAUCAUUCACAUCACGGACGUGCACUACGAUCCGCACUAUCGUACCGGGUAUAAUGCCGUGUGUGGUGAGCCGUGCUGUUGUCGCGAGGGACAAGGUAUACCGACGAAUCCGGCGGACGGUGCCGGUGAGUGGGGUGACUACCGCGAUUGUGACUCUCCGUGGAAGGCGGUAGAAGACGCUGUACGUGCAGCCGCCCGUCAACAUCCGGAUGCGACGUACGUGUACUACACCGGGGACAUUAUCGAUCACGGUGUAUGGGAGACGACCGUCGCCGGCAACAUUGUCUCGAUGACGCGCACCUACCAACUGUUCCGGGACGUGUUUGGAUCGAAACCGGUCUAUAAUGUGCUCGGUAACCACGAGAAUAAUCCCACGAAUGUGUUCGCACCGAGCUACAUCGAUCGGACGGACUUUUCUGCCAGCUGGUUGUACGAUUUCUCCGCUGAUCAGUGGUCUACGUGGUUGCCAGCUGCUACGCAACAAACUAUCCGUCAGGGUGGUUACUACACUGCGUUGGUCCGCCCUGGGUUCCGUAUCAUCGGCAUGAACAACAACGAUGCGUACACCUUCAACUGGUGGAUUCUGUACGAUCCGGCGUACCUUCAGGCACAGCUCCAGUGGUUGCACGAUACGCUCCUGCAGGCGGAAGCUGCCGGUGAGAAGGUACACAUUCUGGCCCACAUUCCCAUCGGUGCUGGAACUAGCUAUCGGACCUGGGCUCGUCAGUAUCGCCGCAUUCUGGACCGGUUCUGGGACGUUAUCGAAGCUCACUUCCAUGGACAUACGCAUGCCGAUGAGUUCAAUGUGUUCUAUUCGCUGGCUAACCCACAGCAUGCUAUCAAUGUUGGAUUCAACGCUGGUGGUACUGUACCGUUUAGUAACUACAACCCCAACUACGUGGUGUACUACGUCAACCCGCAAACAUACCAAGUGACGGACUAUGAAUCGUGGUACUUUAGCCUGAGCGCAGCUAACCAGAACCCGAGCAGUGCCCCCAUCUGGAUGCAGCUGUACUCGUUCAGUCGGGACUUCCAGCUGUCGAACGUGAGCCCGGCAUCGCUCGAUGGGCUUGUCCGUCGGUUUGCCUCGAACCCGACCGAUCUCCACCGCUACUGGGAGAUGAAGGUGAAGCGUGGCGAUCCAUUCCUGGCUGCGGGCUGUUCCGGAGACUGUCUGCUGAACCAUCUGUGCCAGAUCGUCACCAAUGAGGCGAACGAUGACAGCAAGUGUAAUGCGCUUGCCGCCAUCUUCCGCAAUCUGGACGAUGAGCUGUUUAACGAGGAUAAAUAAUUGAUUGAAUAUUGAUUGCAAUGUUUUCCCUUAAAGUGGAAGUGGAUAAAUUUUACCCAGAAAUAGAAAGACUGUGCAUUUGCUAA